UUUGCAUGCCGGGGCUGUGAAUGGCGUGCCCGGCCGGCCGGCCCCUGGCACGGGGGAGGAGUCUCCGCGCCCUGCUCGGGCCGUGCUCCGCGGCGGCGGUCCCUUAGCCGCACUGGGGCGGCCCGAGUCCGGCUGCUCGCCGAGGCGCUUCCCCGCCUUCUCGGCCUGAAGACAAACGUGGGACGAUGUCGGAGGCACGGCAUGACAGCACAAGCAGUUUACAGCGGAAGAAGCCGCCAUGGCUAAAAUUGGACAUCCCAGUGCCUGUACCCAUGCCGGUGCCAGAAGAGCCAGUGCAGCCAACAAGACGCCAGGCCUUUCUACGAAGUGUGAGCAUGCCUGCUGACAACAGCCGCGUGCCCUCCUUGCCUCAUGAAGUGAGGAGACCGGUGCUACAACGACAGACCUCAAUCACCCAGACCAUCAAGAGCAGACAGGUACGGUUUCAAAGGAGUCAGACCCUGCCUGCUCAGGGGAACCGGGUGGGCAGGAGUUCCCUGAGAAAGCGGCAAUCCCUGCCCCGAUCAUUUUUCAGAGGCACAGCUGACUGGUUUGGAGUAAGCAAAGACAGUGAUGCUACACAGAAAUGGCAGAGAAAGAGCCUUCGCCACUGCAGCCUGCGGUAUGGGAAGCUGAAACCUCAGGUCAUCCGGGAAAUGGACUUGCCCAGUCAGGACAAUAUUUCCCUAACAAGCACAGAAACCCCCCCUCCGCUUUAUGUUGGGCCCUGCCAACUGGGCAUGCAGAAGAUCAUAGACCCUUUGGCCCGCGGCCGAGCUUUCCGAAUGGCUGACGACAAUGAUGGCUACAGCAUCCCCCACACUCCCAUCACGCCAGGUGCCACGUCACUCUGCUCCUUCACCAGCUCACGCUCAGGCUUCAAUCGCCUCCCGCGACGGCGGAAACGGGAAUCUGUUGCCAAAAUGAGCUUCCGAGCAGCUGCAGCUUUGGUGAAGGGUCGCUCUGUGAAGGACAGCACACUGAGGAGGGCUCAGCGGCGCAGCUUCACCCCAGCAAGUUUCAUGGAGGAAGAUACAGUGGAUUUUCCAGAUGAGCUCGACACUUCUUUCUUUGCUCGGGAAGGAGUCCUUCAUGAGGAGCUCUCUACUUACCCGGAUGAGGUGUUUGAGUCGCCAUCAGAAGCUGCGGUCAAAGAUACUGAAGUGAAACCUCUAGAUCAGACGGAUCUCACAGGAGGUGCCUUGGACAAAAAUGAGCUUGAAAGAAGCCACUUGCUACUCCCACUGGAGCGAGGCUGGAGGAAGCAGAAGGAUGGAGGCCUGGCACAGCCCAAAGUCCGCUUGCGGCAGGAGGUGGUGAGCGUCAGCCCACAGAAGCGUGGCCAGCGCAUCGCCGUCCCCGUCAGGAAGCUUUUUGCCAAGGAGAAGCGGCCGUACGGCCUGGGGAUGGUGGGGAAGCUGACAAACCGUACCUAUCGCAAGCGCAUUGACAGCUAUGUGAAGCGGCAGAUUGAGGACAUGGAUGAUCACAGGCCCUUCUUCACAUACUGGGUCACCUUUGUGCAUUCACUCAUCACCAUCCUUGCUGUGUGCAUCUAUGGCAUUGCCCCUGUGGGGUUCUCACAACAUGAAACUGUUGAUUCGGUUUUGCGAAACAGAGGGGUUUAUGAAAAUGUCAAGUAUGUUCAGCAGGAAAACUUCUGGAUCGGCCCCAGUUCAGAGGCCCUGAUCCACCUGGGGGCCAAGUUCUCACCAUGCAUGAGGCAGGACCAGCAAGUGCACAGCUUCAUUAAGGCCAAGCGUGAGAAGGAGAAGCACUCAGCAUGCUGUGUGCGAAAUGACAAGUCCGGUUGUGUACAGACUUCAGAGGAGGAGUGCUCAUCCACCCUUGCUGUGUGGGUGAAGUGGCCCCACCACUCCAGCACACCAAUGCUGGCAGGAAACAAGAGGCAGUUUGGGUCUGUUUGUCAUCAGGACCCCAGGGUGUGUGAGCAGCCAGCCUCGAUGGAGCCACACGAGUGGCCAGAUGACAUCACCAAAUGGCCGAUCUGCACAAAAAACAGUGCUGGGAAUUACACAAACCACCUUCACAUGGACUGUGUGAUUACAGGCAGGCCCUGCUGCAUUGGGACCAAAGGAAGGUGUGAAAUAACUUCCCGGGAGUAUUGUGAAUUUAUGCGGGGCUAUUUCCAUGAGGAAGCAACACUUUGCUCUCAGGUUCACUGCAUGGAUGAUGUUUGUGGACUCCUCCCUUUCCUAAAUCCAGAAGUCCCUGACCAGUUCUACCGUCUCUGGCUCUCACUUUUCCUACACGCUGGGAUCCUGCACUGUCUGGUUUCAGUCUGUUUCCAAAUGACGAUCCUACGGGACCUGGAGAAGCUGGCAGGAUGGCAUCGCAUCUCUAUCAUCUACCUGCUCAGCGGCAUCACUGGGAACCUUGCCAGUGCAAUAUUUCUACCCUACAGAGCAGAGGUUGGCCCUGCAGGAUCCCAGUUUGGAAUUCUGGCUUGUCUCUUUGUGGAGCUCUUCCAGAGUUGGCAAAUCCUGGCCCGGCCGUGGAGGGCUUUCUUCAAGCUGCUGGCUGUGGUGCUCUUUCUUUUUGCCUUUGGCCUCCUGCCUUGGAUCGAUAAUUUUGCUCACAUUUCAGGAUUCAUCAGCGGUUUUUUCCUCUCCUUUGCCUUCCUGCCCUACAUUAGCUUUGGGAAGUUCGAUCUGUAUAGGAAGCGAUGCCAAAUUAUUGUUUUCCAGCUCAUCUUCAUCGCGCUCUUCUCAGGACUUGUGAUUCUAUUCUAUUUCUACCCCAUCAAGUGCGAGUGGUGCGAGUUCCUCACUUGUAUCCCAUUCACGGACAAAUUCUGCGAGAAAUACGACCUGGAUGCACAGCUUCACUGAAAGGCAAAGACCAGCUCCUCGAGCGGGCACUGGAGAUGGGCUGUCUUUGCAUUUGCUGUGCUAGUUCCACGUGGACGAAGCUUCUAAUCUAAUGACACUUCUAACCAGGGCUGUGGUGAAUUGAAACGGUCUCUAGCACUCAGCAGGCGUGGUUUGCCUUAUCAGAAGACUCUGAACAGAACGUUGGUGCCUUGUUCAAUUGUAUUGAACCUCUUCUGCUGCCGUUAUUUUUAUUACACUAGUUUCAAUACUACAUUUUUAACUAGAGUUAUUGACUACUGCUAAGGUGGUGAUUAAACGGAAAGGUAGCGUUUUAGCUACUGCUAAUUGUUUCGCA